AGAGAGACCCAUCUUUUUAGGUUAGCUUUUAUCUAAAUAUUUACUACAGUUUUAUUUCUCGUUUUACAUGAUUAUAUUUUAUUACUUGCUUUGCAUGUUCUAUAUGAUUAUAUUUUAGCACAGUUUUAUUAUUUAAAUUAUUAUUUUACUGUCUAUAUGAUUUUAUUUAUUACUUAUUUUCUAAUUUUUGUCAUUUAUAUUAGCUCUUUUAUUACAUUUUUACUCAUUUUAAUCCAGUGUUUCCUCUGUGGGGGCCCUCUGCCCCGGGAGCGGUGGUCGACUGUAGCUUCCUGGGCGCUCUACAGGUGGGGGUCUAUGCUCCCCCUCCACUGAGCGCCCUGAGUUAGUGUGGAAGACCUGAUGCUGCCGGGACAGACGGCUCCUCUGAUGGCGUUUCCUUGCGUUACCAUACUUGGCUCAUCUGGACUCAGCCUAAUAUAAUUUUUACUCGUGUGUGUGUGUGUGUGAUUGCAUAUGUUUGUUAAUGUUUUUAACCUGUUAUGGGAAUCUGGGGUCAUUUUGUAAAGCACUUUGAAUAACACUUUGUUUGAAAAGCGCUUUAGAAAUAAAAUUUGAUUGAUUGAUUGAUUGAUACAAAAGCCAGCUUGAACAAGUGUGUCUUCAGCUGCUUUUUGAAGGAGACCACUGAGUCCACUGAUCUCAGACUCAGGGGGAGAGAGUUCCAGAGUCUGGGGGCCACAGCAGCAAAUGAUCUGUCACCUUCGGUCUUUAGCCUGGUGCGUUGCACAACCAGUAGGCUUUGAUCACUGGACCUCAGGGACCUGCUGGGGGUGUAGGGACUAAGAAGAUCACCAAAGUAAGAGGGUGCUUGUCCAUGUAAGGCCCUAUAGACCAGAACCAGGAUCUUGAAAUGAACCCUGAAGUUGACUGGCAGCCAAUGAAGCUGGAGGAGAAGCGGGGUGAUGUGGGUGUGUUUGGAAGAGGUAGGCGACCACGCCCCCCGCUGUCACCUGCAGCACGAAGACAUAUUAAAACACCUGCGCCAUGGCUAAUAAACAAAAACAUUCAAUUUGGCGCCUACAGACCUUUUUUAUAUUUAGAAACAUUUGAUAUAGAAUUUAAGUUUAAAAUAUGUUUUGUUUCUGUUUUUUCUAGGAAACCUGUUAUUUUUUUUAAAUUAAAUUUCAUUCUACAUUCCACCAAAUACAAAUUUGGGUGUCAGGAGGUUAAGUGUCUUUAUAGGUGACGUUCUGUUCAGCAGGUGGCGAUAACUCACAAGUUCAUUGAUUGCUGACCACCACCACCAGGAAGAAGAAGAAGUGAAGGAGCGUUAGCAAAGUUAGCUUGUAGUUGUUUGUUGUGUGAGGUGACUAGUUGAGUCUCUGGUAAACAUGUAUUCAGGAGAGUCUCUGAUGGAGUUUGUCAACAAGCAAGUAGCUACUGCUAGAAAAAUCAUCAGGAAGGUUGAAGAAGCCUUGGCCCAGUUCGAGGAAGGGCUCGGCGGUCAGCACAGACUGUCGGAUAUGAGCUCGGAACCACGGAGCAGCUCAUACAGAGCAGAACCUCCACAGCAUCAAGUUUGGGAAAAAGAGAAGGUUCUGACUGACCAGCAGCUCUUUAACCAGGAGUCGAUCUCCAGUUUGGACCAGGAGGAACCAGAACCUCCACUGAUCAAGAAAGUCCAGCAGGAGCUCUGUAGGCAACAGCAUGAAGGGCAGUUCCUUCUGAAGCAGGAAAAUGUUAACUUCAUGGAGACUUCUUCUGAAGAAACAGACUGCCAUGAACCAGAACAGAACAGGACCCAACCCUUGUGUCAGAGUUCUACAGAAGCUGAGAAUCAAGAUCAGGGUGGAUGCAGGAAAAAAAACUCAGAAUCAAAGGGCAAUGAAGAACUGACACGUAACAAAAGACGUCAAAAAACCAAUCAUCAUAGAGACAGUGUAAAUGGUCAAAAGCUAAAAAGGCAGAAGAGGGCUCACAGAGGUGAAAGGCCAUUUUCGUGUGAGCUCUGUGGAAAAUAUUUCAGUCACAAGUGUUAUUUAAAUGUUCACAUGAGAGCUCACACAGGUGAGAAGCCUUAUUCAUGCAAAACUUGUGGUAAAUGUUUUAGUCUCAGUGGUAACUUGACUAAACACAUGAGAACUCACACAGGUGAGAAGCCAUAUUCAUGUAAAACUUGUGGUAAAUGUUUUAGUGUCAGUGGUCACUUGACUACACACAUGAGAACUCACACAGGUGAGAAGCCAUUUCCAUGUAAAACUUGUGGUAAAUGUUUUAGAGACGGUGGUACCUUGACUACACACAUGAGAACUCACACAGGUGAGAAGCCAUUUCCAUGUAAAACUUGUGGUAAAUGUUUUAGAGACGGUGGUACCUUGACUAAACACAUGAGAACUCACACAGGUGAGAAGCCAUAUUCAUGUAAAACUUGUGGUAAAUGUUUUAGUGUCAGUGGUCACUUGACUACACACAUGAGAACUCACACAGGUGAGAAACUAUAUCCAUGUAAAACUUGUGGUAAAUGUUUUAGAGACAGUAGUUCCUUGACUACACACAUGAGAACUCACACAGGUGAGAAGCCUUAUUCAUGUAAAACUUGUGGUAAAUGUUUUAGUGUCAGUAGUGUCUUGACUAAACACAUGAGAACUCACACAGGUGAGAAGCCAUAUCCAUGUAAAACUUGUGGUAAAUGUUUUAGUGUCAGUGGUAACUUGACUACACACAUGAGAACUCACACAGGUGAGAAGCCAUAUCCAUGUAAAACUUGUGGUAAAUGUUUUAGUGUCAGUAGUUCCUUGACUACACACAUGAGAACUCACACAGGUGAGAAACUAUAUCCAUGUAAAACUUGUGGUAAAUGUUUUAGAGACAGUGGUGCCUUGACUACACACAUGAGAACUCACACAGGUGAGAAGCCAUAUUCAUGUAAAACUUGUGGUAAAUGUUUUAGUCUCAGUGGUAACUUGACUACACACAUGAGAACUCACACAGGUGAGAAACUAUAUCCAUGUAAAACUUGUGGUAAAUGUUUUAGAGACAGUGGUGCCUUGACUACACACAUGAGAACUCACACAGGUGAGAAGCCAUAUUCAUGUAAAACUUGUGGUAAAUGUUUUAGAGACAGUGGUAACUUGACUACACACAUGAGAACUCACACAGGUGAGAAGCCAUAUCCAUGUUAAAGUUGUAGUAAAUGUUUCACACAGCGUGUUGCUUUGAUUAAUCACAUGAGAAUUCAACACAUGUGAAAUGUUUUUUCCAUGUUUGUUCUGUAGGAGAUUCAACCAGACAUUUUCUUUCAACUUCUUAUAUGAAAAUUCACACUUGAGAUUUUAUUCACAAGUGUGCUGUUAUUAAAGCUUUUUCUACAUUAAAAUUUAGUCGAGGUUUUGUUUUUUUAUACAUUUUUUUAAAGUUUAUUUUACAGUAAAUCUCUUGGGUUACAGUAUGAAUGAAUGCCUUGUGAGAACGUUUCUGUAGAAAAAAAGCUCUUGUGUUUCAAGAAUUAAAGGUUAGUCAGAAGAGUGGGUGGAAAAUGGCAGGAUUUGGAGUCUGACUCAUUAAUAAUCAUGAUGUAGGAACAUCUUGCCUCUGACUGACUAACAGCAAUGUGGCUGUCUCUCUGCUCCCGUUUGUAACAAUGCAGUGUAAUUUGUGUGAAGGUUUCAUUAGUAUACAUUAAGGACAUAUCAGCUGUAAUGUCCAUUUUUGGUUUGGGCUUUUAUAAAUAGCUAAUUUUUGUUGAGUUUUUGCUUUCCCUCCCAAAUCAUGUUCGUGAGACUGUGAGAACAGUAGGGUGUGUAUUUGUGGGAGAUGCAGUCUCCCUGAGGUGAUUGAUCUGGUGAGAUUAAAAUCCAAAUUACUUAUUGGGCAUAAAUAUGUAUGUGUACACAGAUUGGGUAACUUGGAGUUAGAGGGGUGGUCCCCUUUGGUAAUUUGGAGUGUUGCAUCCUUGUAUCAGUCAGCGAAGGGCGGACCCUUCAGAGGAUUGUAAGGAAAAUCCUCCCGCUGACUUCAGUGUAUAGGGUUAGGGUUAACCCUAACAGUGUAUACACGUCGGAAAAGAAUAGAAACACUGGGAACACGAUGUUUUUCCAAGGUGAUUUAGCAUUUUCUGACCUAAAAUUAAUGCAGAAAAGCUUAUGGGGAGAUGUCUUCAUAGUAGCAUGGUCGACCAGCUGCAUAGAACACUAAUCCUUAGGUUGUCAGAAAAUAUGUGUUAUUUGUUGGAAAAUAUGUGUUCUUUUAUUUAUGCUAAGGAUUUUAUUUUGAAGGUUUCCUGUGGUCUUUGUAAAUUGAAACCAUCCUCGUUCCAUAUGACUAAGUGUGUCGAUUUAAAGGGUGAAGCUUUAUUUUAUGUUUUCAGUUAUUGAGUUCUUGCUGGUUAUCAGACUUCUAGCAAUUCUGUAUUUCAACACUAUAGAAUAUAUUUAGGUGCUGUAUUCAUGACCACAGCCUAAAGCAGAGAUGAAACUGACUAGCAGUUCUCUAUCAAACAUUUUAGUUGUCAUCUCUGGCAUUACAGUUAAGAAAACGGAGGGAGGAUGCACAAGCAUAACAACAGAAAGCAAAAUUUGUUAUUGACGAGGAAGCAGUCAAUAACAAAGGCAUGGCUCUCUCUCUAUAUAUAUAUUUAGAGUGCCUAGGUAGCACAUAAAAAGGCAAUUUAAAGGUUUUCUUAAAGCAGGAACGUUUAACCUGUGCGGCCAGAGCUCUCUCCUUCUUUAAUACGUCAUCCCAAAAUAGAAGCUAAUAUCUUAAUUUGACCUGGAAUGAAAAAUGUUGUUAUAAAACCUUUUAAAAGUUUUUAUUACGGAGGAGGCAGCGCUCAUUUCUGCCUUCAGCCUGACGGUGCGCCGGAGUUGGCGCAGCGUGCGCUUAUUGAGUGAAUGUAGGAUCUGCUCCAUCACUGACAUUCCAGGCUAACAAGGAGUUACGCUCUCGUGUCAGCAACUAACAGCAAGCUGCAAAGAAAUAUGCAGAUGCAAAACGUGCAAGAGUGCCAAACAUCAGGGAAGGAAGCUUUGUGAGAGUAUGGAAGCUAGGUACAGGUACAGCCAAGUAGAAAAAAUGCUAUGGUCAGGCAGCAUGAAUUAACUACUUUAUGGAGGAUGCUGUUCCUCCAUCUGAUAAGUACAAUUUGGGAAAAAGGAUGAAUUAGACUGCCUUCCAGGGAAGGUAGGUGAGAUCUACAGAUUGCAGAUCACAACUGUGCCCCAAAUAUCUAGAGGACAGAUGUCACAAACGAUGAACGAGUGGUCAAAAGGAAAAGAAAGACAAAAACAAACACACAAGGGCAGAAAACAAUUAAACCGAUUAAAGAAAAUAUCAGCUCCAAGAUUUAAGAGUGGUUUGGCUUUUGUAAUGAAGUGCGUUUCAUGCAGAAAAGGAACAAGUGCUGCACGGCUCAGAGGCUUACCAGCAACUGCUUCCUCCUCAAUAACAAAUUUUGCUUUCUGUUAUGCUUGUGCAUCCUCCCUCUGUUUUCUAAACUGUAAUGCCAGAGAUGGCAACUAAAAUGUUUGAUAGAGAACCGUUAGUCACAGUUGUAUCACUGCUUUAGGCUGUGGUCAUGAAUACAGCACCUAAAUAUAUUCUAUUGUUGAAAUACAGAAUUGCUAGAAGUCUGUUAGCCAGCCAGAACUCAAUAACUGAAAACAUAAAAUAAAAUAAAGCUUCACCCUUCAGAUCGAUACUGUUAUGUGCAGCGCCCCUUUUUGGCCACAGGAUGGCCUCAGCGGCCUUCUGCUUCACCUGUCUCACAGUGAACAGGUGUUUAUGAUUAUUCAUAAUCAUGGAUCAGCUGUUAAAAGCUGCCCUCUUGCCCUCAUUCAGAGAGAAGGUACAGGGUAGUAAAGACUCUUAGGAGUUUGUGCUAUUCUCUCCUCGUGUGCUUGGCUUAGUAUUUUUCUCGUUCGACUUUGGUAUUUGACUCAUUUUGGAAUUUGGAUUUGGAUUUAGGAUUUGACUAUUUGGUAACUUGACUUCGGACCGGCUUUAGAUUUUGACUUUGGAUAAACCUCGCUCUUUUUAGUCUCGGUUGUUUAUUCCCAUCCCCUUUGGGGUUGGUGUUUUCCGUUCUUCCCUUCGUUUUGUAGAUAAGCUCCUUUGUGUUUUGUAUAUAGAUAUUUCUUUUAAGGUUGUAAGUAUUCAUUUUGUAAUAAAUUCCUUGUUUUUUAGCGACACUGCACUUUGUUAUUAUUUAAUCCACACACCAUUUUUAUUACUCCCCUCCUCAUCUCUCCUAGAGAGCCGGGGGACGUAAUAGACACACUUAGUCAUAUGGGACGAGGAUGGUUUAAAUUUACAAAGACCACUGGAAACCUUCAAAAUAAAAUCCUCAGCAUAUUUAAAAGAACACAUAUUUUCCAACAAAUAACAUAUAUUUUCUGACAACCUAAGAAUUACUGUUCUAUGCAGUCCUUGUAGAGGGUAAAGUGCUGUUCUGUUUAUCGCCAGCAGAGGGCGCAGAUUUCCCAUUCUUUCAAGGAAACAAAACAGUGUUUGGAAGAAAUUAGCUAAAGUCUUUUUACUAAAGCCUCAUUUAUGCUUCUCCGUCUGCGUCAGUGCGGAGACACGCAACGCCAUCAUCCGUCCUUGCGUAGGGCACGCAAGUACGUACGGAGUCGAGCCCACUUUUUUAAACAUCCGUCGAACGAGACGGAUUACGCAAGCUUGUGAUUGGUCAGGACGCCGCUGUUGUUUACAGUGCCGCCAUUGCAAAGAGAGCCGAGGAUAACUAGCGGCAGACACGGAGAAGCUUGAAGAAUACCUUGCGAAAAAACUCUAAAAAUAUGAACGUUUAAUUCUCCCGUGACUGGAGGAGUGAAAAGAUGCGCAGCAAGCGUUUUAUUUGUGGACGGAAAUGACAGGAAACGUGGGUUUAGAGGUGGGGAGCGCAUGAAGCGGUGGGAGAAUGAGAGAGAAAUAUGUCCGUGUUAAAAGUCUCUUAUAUACACGAAAAACCCAAUAUAAACACACGAUCUUGGACCGAUACAUGACAGGAUACCACAGAACAGCGCUACGCCCUCUGUGGUCCUGCCGGGCAAUUGCUUUGCAACACUCCCCAGGAGACGGAGAAGUAAAAGAGCAAAACGCUUCUCUCAAUCCGUGCGUGUCUGUCCCUUGCGGAGCUGACAGAGAAGCAUAAACCAGGCUUAAGGAAGUUUUUAACCUUUAUUAAUCCAGAUUCAUAAUCCAUAGCCGUCACUCACAGGAGACACAAUGCCACCCACCACCUCAAACUGACCUACAGUGAAAGAAGAUCAAACAGAAGACCUGCAGGCCUCUGGAGGUGUUGGUGAUUUGGUGGGCGGUGGUGGUUGAGUGCUUUUGUUGUCUCAUCGGCCCGACCUGGCGGUACCGGGCCCGGCAGCGCCGAACCCGGUGUGGAGUGCAAGAGAGACAGUCUCAUGCAGACUGACCAAUGAAGAGAGGGCCUCAAGUUAAGACCCUCUCCUCAUUGGUCAGUCCACACGAGGUGUGUCAGAGGUUACCAUGAGUGGGUUACAUGAUGUCAGGCAUUCAAGUAUUGAGUAAAUUUACUGCAUAUUACAGUAAAAUAUUCUGUAUGUGACCAUAUUAUGGUGAUCCUUGGGUCGUGAAGAUGGGGCUCUUGAAUAUUGUUGCCCAGGGUACAACGAAGUGUUAAUCUGGCCCUGGUGGACUGUCAGUCGGUUGGGGGUGGGGCGGUGCAGAGACGUAUGAAGACGGUCGUUCUGAGACAUGAGACUGUAUGUUUUUGGUGACCAUUCCAGCAGGAGUGUGUAAAACAGAUUAUUGCUUAAUUAAAAUUGAAUAAAAAAUGUAUAUUUAACUUGAAAUAAAUUGUAAUGAAUUCCCACCUUGA